CGGUGUGCACGUGCAGCUUCUCGUUGGGGACGCGCACGUCACGACACUCAACUCAGUCAGAUGUAGGGGAGGAGGGCAGACCACGAAAUAUUAACUGUUAGGAACAGGGUUAAAUUGACCCUGGUCUGCCACCUGGUGUGGAGGCCUUGCUGGGUGGGAGGAAACAUGAUGAGCGGGAAGAGCCUUCUCCUGAAGGUGAUCUUGCUGGGUGACGGUGGAGUGGGCAAGUCCUCCCUAAUGAACCGCUAUGUCACAGACCGCUUUGACUCCCAGUCCUUUCACACCAUUGGAGUGGAGUUCCUAAACCGGGACCUGGAGGUGGAUGGGCGCUUAGUCACUCUUCAGAUCUGGGACACAGCAGGCCAGGAGCGCUUUAAGUCCCUGCGCACACCUUUCUACCGAGGCGCUGACUGUUGUCUGCUCACAUUUGCUGUAAACGACCUGCAAAGCUUCCAGAAUCUCGGCAGCUGGAAGAAGGAGUUCAUGUACUACUCGGAUGUUAAAGACCCUGAGCGCUUCCCUUUUGUGGUGCUGGGCAAUAAGGUAGACAUGGAGCAGAGGGAGGUGGGGGAGGACGAAGCACGGGCCUGGUGUGAAGAGAACGGCUGCUGCCCUUACUUUGAGACAAGUGCUAAGGAUGACACUAAUGUCACAGCUGCAUUCGAGGCAGCUGUCAGGGAGGUUCUGGCUGCUGAGGACCAGAUUGACCAUGCACUACUGAGUAGUACUAUUGAUCUCCAUGGCAACCGCAAAACCUCUCGCACAUCUUGCUGCUAAUUGUUCAAGUGUGAAUCCACCUUGUCUUA